ACCUGAACUUUCGGAGCAAUGGGCCUUCCGUCAACUUGAUGUCUUGGUGUGUCGUUGCCAGAGCAGAUGUACGAACAAAUAAGUCGACCAAGUGAGAGGCCAGCUAUAUUGUUGUGAGGUGCUGCUGCAGGUGGCAAUGUCGAGUGAACAGUAAUGUCUCGGCGAAAUCGUAAACGGUGUACCUGGUGCAUUCUUCUGUGCUGCGCUCUUUUCUCCUUGAUGUUUCUCUUUCCAAGUGAACUUUGACAAAAUGAGGUGGAGGAAAGAAAAAAUGGGAGGCUUGUUUACAGUUUUCCUUCCUUGAAGUACCUACUCAAAUUCACCAUACAUCAAGUCAAGCAAACAAGGACAAGACAACCGCUUAUAUACAGAAUUUCAGCACCGUUGCCACCAGGUUGAAAACUUCCACAUAUGAUGACAUCUGUCCAGAUUUCAGGCUGCAGUCUGAGAAAGAGAAGCCGCAGGAGGAGGUAGCUUGCAUCCGAGCAGAGUUUGUACCAGGUUCUUGUCGCAUCAUGAAAGAGUUGUUCGCUGAUAAAGAGCCUGCCAACUGUUCCCACCAGCUCUCAGAUGUGAUUUGUACGAUUAUGCAAUAUAAUCCCUCAAAGCCUGAAGCAACCUGUCACCACGAUCUGUGCAGUAAAUCAUCUUCAGUAGUUGUGGGAUUGUACAAUGAAGAGUUGGGUGUUAAUCAGUGGUUGAAGUUUAAAUCCACAAUGGAAGCAGUGAUAUUUAUUAAUGAAGAGCUGCUAAUGGACUGGAGGACCUACCACCAUGGUUACUGUUUUAUACGCUGCCUCAGCCAUCAUGGGAGGAAGAUGUCGCAACUUCUUAUUCUACCUCCUGUUCUGCGUGAAGAUCACAGAUCCAUCAACAAACUUACAAAUGAACCAGCACUGAAUGUGAAUAUUUUACUCUUGGAUUCUGUAUCCAGGCACCAUUUUUAUAGAAGUCUACCAAAAACUAUUGAUGCAUUCAGAAAUCUGAAUACUAAUGUGUUCAAAACUGGACAAGUAUUUGACUUUGAACUGGUUCAAGGUAUAAAAAGUAGGACGUUUGAGUCUCUUCAGGCUCUGUUUGGUGGUGAGUCAUUCAAGCCACUUAAACCAUUCAGUUCAUUUGGUCUGCCACCAAAGGCUGUGGAUUUCAACAAGACACUUGGAAACUUUAAAAGAUUUGGAUAUGAGACUUUAUAUUUGGAAGACAUGUGCUGGAAGUGGGAUUGGGGUUUGGUGAAAGAGCUAAGAGCUCUUAACAAAAAAGCACCAUUUUCAGAAAGGGCACAGCUGCUUUUGGAAGCAGCCAGGAGAAGUGGAAUUGACAGGAUGGAUGUUUCAUAUUCUAGCUGUGAUAUUCUUCAAGAAAAUGGGGUGAAGGACAUGUUCCAUGGUCCUGCUGCUCUAUGUUACAAUGGUAUCCAUCAACACACCUACCUCCUCCAGUAUAUUGAGUACUUCGUCACUCGUUUGUCUUUCCUGCAAAAGCCCUUUUUCAGCUUUCUUAUGCUGGACACUAAUCAUGAAGAUACAGGUCUCAGGUUAAAGCAAGUAGAUGAGGACCUGUCCAAACACGUAACUUACUUGGCUGAUCAACAAAACACUCUAACCUUCAUUCUUUCAGACCACGGCAAUAACUAUGGGAAGUUUGUCUCGAUGUCUACAGAAUCUCAAAUAGAGCUAUUCCACACCACACUUUUUGUCAUUGUCCCAGAUACAGCAGCUGCUUUACUAGGUGAAGAGAGGAUUCGAUCCUUGCAUACAAACCAACACAGGUUGAUCAGCCUCCUUGAUAUUCAUCAUACCUUACAAGGUCUAUUACCAGGUGCUGGAGCCAUGAAAGAGAAUAGUGUGAAAUAUGGGAUAAAUACUGAUGGGUUGCUGAGUCCAGUUUCUCCCAAUAGGACCUGUGACAUCAUUCCAAGGAUUUCUCCAAACUUUUGCAUUUGCCAAGAUUUUGAAAAACCAGUAGUGAGUGAUUCCAGUUUUGCGCUGUUUGCUGAAUUUGCACUUGGUCAAAUGAACCAUGAAAUCCUUCAACAACAGGUAACUGCAAAAGGUGCUCUUGAAGGACGCUGGGCCUGUCAAAAAUUAGUUGGUGUUAGAUUUGACAAUGUGAAAAUUCGUGAAGAGCACAGAAAUGAGACUGUUGUGAAACUUGAUCUUUAUGUAAAGGGUUCUGAAAUUACAGGCCGUGAGGAAGAAAAAUACUUGGUGGUUAUAGACUUCAACUUUCUGGUCGACGCUUCAAUGACUUUAGUAGGUUUUGACCGUUUGACUCCAUAUAGCCCUUAUGAGAUUUGUGCUAAUCAUGAUUUAAGAUUUAAGAUUGAUUUAAGAUUGUGCAUUUGUGAUGUAGAAAAUGUCCAUGAAGCACCUAUUCCAUAUUGGAAAAAUACUUUGACCUCAUCAGUGUCUUGGAUGGAGACUAAUUUCAGUUCAAUUCAUGAGAACUGUCUGUACCUUAUCAAAAGGCAUUAUAUCUUGGGUGUUGUUUUGGCUGUGCUUAAUGCCUGCUCACAUUUGCAUUAUGACAUAGAAUUUGACUUCCUGACUGUAAAUAUGUACUCUUCAUCUGUGAUGCCUGUAAAUGUGACACUUUGGUCAGGAUCAGAGGUGCUCUUAACUGUUGGAUUUCAGAAAACUAAGGGAAAACCCUGGAAGUAUAAAUAUUCUUUGAAUUACAGAGCAAUUGCUUUAUAGAUGAAACCCCACACAUGUUCUCUCAACGGAAACAUUUUCAAUUCAAUAAAAUGACUUCAGACAAUCUUUAGAGUUAAAGCUAUCAAGUGGAGUAUGCCUAGCACUGAAAUCAGGAGCACAGUUUAAAAAAAACAGUUGUAGAAUACAAAUCUAGAAUACAAACCUGCAACACAAUCUGCAGGAAAGUGACACAAAUCUUGAGCAAACAUGAGGAAAUCUGCAGAUGCUGGAAAUUCAAACAACACACACAAAAUGCUGGUGGAACACAGCAGGCCAGGCAGCACCUAUAAAGAGAAGCACUGUUGACGAAGGGUCUCGGCCCGAAACAUUGACAGUACAAAUCUUGAGUGCUUUUUCUUAAUAGCAAGAAUAGCAGAUUUUUGGGAAAACUGUUUUGAACAAUUUAUGACAGUGUUUCAAUUCUGCGGAUUGUCUCCUGUUUUAGCAGCUGGUGAAUCCUUACGUGUGGCAUUAAGUAGAAUGCAUCCUUUUGGCUGUCUGGUUAUAGCUGGAAUGCUACAAGGCUUCUAGCUCAUUCUAGGAACUUUUUAGGAACAUUCUAGGAACUCCAUAUCCACUACAAGUGUAUAACUAUCUCUCUUUAUAAACCCAAAUCUUCAAGU